GCUCAUUCAAUUACACCGUCUAUUUGCAUCUGCUUAUCUAAGGAGUAACUAUCUUUUUUUGCCAUGCCUUCUGGUUCUCGAGGAUGGGGCUCGCUUCGCGGCCGCCCCAAGACAACGUCGAUUUUCCGCUCGGAAAUCAUGUCGCUGAUUCAGCUCUACAUCCCGUCGGAUGUGUCGCGCUACACUGUGUCGCAGCUGGGCGAGCUCGGCCUUAUCCAGUUCCGCGACCUGAAUGCCGAUGUCAGCGCCUUCCAGCGUUCGUUUGUGCAGUCUGUGCGCCGCUUCGACGAGGUCGAGCGCAAGCUGCGCUAUCUGCGCACGCAGAUUGAGAAGACUGAUGUGGACGUCUACGAGUUUCUGGACGAGGACUUUGCCAACGCCGCACGCAGCCCGCGCGAUAUCGACGAGAUGGAGGAGAAGAUCAAUGCGCACGAGGGGCGGGUGCUGGACCUCACCAAGGCGUACAAGAACCUGCAGCUCAAGCACCUGGAGCUGGUCGAGAACAAGUAUGUGCUCGAGGAGGUCUCGUCGCUGUUUAGCGAGAUGACUGGGCGCCAGCAGCCGGCGCAGGGCGGGUCGCUGGGCACUUCUGCUGGAUCCCGCGAUGGCGCGCCUUUGCUCGGCCGCCAGGAGACCAUGAGCCGCCGCAGCAUCGGCAGCCUGGACGCAGCGCGCUCGGCUGGCGGGUUCGAUGUCGAGCACGGCUCGGUGGUGGGCCAUGACAUCAACGUGGGGUUUGUGACUGGUGUUAUUCCACGUGACCGCAUCGCAACCCUGGAGCGUGUGCUGUGGCGCUCGCUGCGCGGAAACAUGUUCCUGAACUACGUGGAUAUCGAGGAGCCGAUCCAUGACCCGCGCCAGGAGGAGCCGGUGUACAAGAGCGCCUUCAUUGUGUUUGCUCACGGCGAGUCGCUGCGUGACCGCGCGACCAAGAUCGCCAACAGCCUGGGUGCGACGCUGUACCACGUGGACAGCAGCGCUGAGCGCCGCCAGGAGGACCUCAUCGACACCAUGUCGCGCAUCGACGACCUGCAGCAGAUUCUGGAGAACAACCACGUUGCCCGGAUCACGGAGCUGACGGGCGUAUCGGAGCAGAUCAACACGUGGUUUACCGUGGUGCGCAAGGAGAAGGCCAUCUACCACACGCUGAACCUGUUCAACCACGACAACAACCGCGACUGCCUGAUUGCUGAGGGCUGGUGCGCGACCAACGACAUCCCGGCCAUCCAGUCGGCGCUGCACAUUGCCACCGAGGACGCCGGCUCCAACGUGCCCACCAUUCUGCACGAGCUGCGCACCACCAAGGAGCCGCCCACCUUUAUCCGCACCAACAAGUUUACCGAGGGCUUCCAGAACAUCAUUGAUGCGUACGGCGUGCCCAAGGCUGGCGAGGUCAACCCGGGUCUGUUUGCGACCAUCACCUUCCCCUUCCUGUUUGCGCUGAUGUUUGGCGAUCUCGGCCACGGCUUCCUGAUGACGCUAUGCGCCGGUCUGCUGUGCGUCUACGAGCGCAAGCUGGCGUGGCUGGCCAAGAGCGAGUCGCUGGCCAUGUUCUACACUGGCCGCUACAUUGUGCUGAUGAUGGGCAUCUUCUCGAUGUUCACUGGCUUUGUCUACAACGACAUCUUCUCGCGCGCCAUGUGGACCUUUGCGUCGGGCUGGGCGUGGCCCACUGACAAGGGAGGCGAGGGCGUGAGCGUCGAGGCGACCAAGCUCGACCAUGUCUAUGCCAUUGGCAUUGACCCGGCGUGGCACCACGCGAGCAACUCGCUGCUGUUCACCAACUCGUACAAGAUGAAGAUGUCGAUUGUGCUGGGCGUCAUCCAUAUGACGCUCGGAAUCUGCCUGCAGGUCCCUAACGCCCUGCACUUCAAGAAGCGCAUCAACAUCAUCCAUGUGUUUGUGCCGCAGAUCAUCUUCCUCUUCUCGAUCUUCGGCUACCUGGUCAUCAUGAUCAUCAUGAAGUGGUCGACCGACUGGUACGCGCGCGACGCUGCCGGCGAGCUGACGCACAUCGGCCCGCCCAGCCUGCUCAACAUGCUGAUCUACAUGUUCCUAAGCCCCGGCAACGUCAGCGAGAAGGAGCGCGUGUUCUCGGGCCAGGCUGCCCUGCAGGCGUUCCUGCUUCUGACUGCGCUGGUGUGCGUCCCCUGGAUGCUGCUGGUGAAGCCCUUGAUUCUGCGCCGCGAGCACCAGAAGAUCAUCGCCGAGGGCUACGGCCGCAUUUCGAGCCAUGUGCGCGUCAGCACCGACGGCGACGAGAUGGCGGGCGCCGUGGUCAUGGCCGAGCAGGAGGAGAUGGAGGAGGACGACUUUGACUUUGGCGACAUCAUGAUCAACUCGACUAUCCACACAAUCGAGUUCUGCCUGAACUCGAUCUCCAACACGGCAUCGUACCUGCGCCUGUGGGCGCUCAGUCUUGCCCACGCCCAGCUGUCCGAGGUCCUGUGGUCCAUGGUCUUCAUGCCCACGCUCAAGACGACGGGCGCCUACCAGCCUGUGCUCAUCAUGUUUGGCUUUGCCAUGUGGUUCUGCCUGACCUUCUUCAUCCUGAUCUUUAUGGAGGGCCUGUCGGCGUUCCUGCACGCCAUGCGUCUGCACUGGGUCGAGUUCAACAACAAGUUCUACGAUGGGUCGGGCAUCAAGUUUAUGCCGUUCUCUUUCAAGGCCAUUCUGGACGAGGAUGAAGAGUAGCUUUUUUUUCUUUGUUUGUUUGUUUUCCGCUGCAAUAUAUGGCAUCUCCUUCGUU